UGACGCGCCUUUUUAUUUUCUCCCGUUAUUUUGUCCUUUCUUUUGUUGUUUCGUCAUGAACGGGCUUAACUUUUGUGAAUAAGUUGCGGAACUAGUAGCAAAAUGCUUGCAGGCACGAGAAAGCACAGCAGGUUUCCAGUCGGUGCUGCCGUUUUGACGACAGGGGGCGCCAUUAUCACCGGCUGUAAUGUUGAGGAUGCCUCCUAUGGUCUUACUGUAUGUGCGGAGAGAACUGCGAUACAGAGAGCGGUCGCAGAAGGCUACCGAAGAUUUACAGCCAUAGCUGUCACAUGUGAUAUCAAAGAUAGUUUUGUGGGACCCUGCGGUGCUUGUCGACAGGUAUUAAUGGAGUUUGGCACAGAAUGGGACAUUUACCUCACUAAGCCAGAUGGAACCUAUAAGAAGACCAGUCUCAGAGAGCUCCUGCCUUUAGCAUUCACCCCAGCUCACCUGCAAAAGAACUAAAUGCACUGCCCUCAGAUUAUAUUUAAAACGCUGUCCUUAAAGUGAUAAAGAGAGCAAAUGAAGGGUGUAGAACUUAAGGAGGUGGAUCAGGAAAAACUGCUAAUAACCUGAGAAAAAAAUAAAAAUUGGCUGCGUAAAGGUCACUGUCCCAGAG